UGUCAGAGCUGGAACCAGCCUCCAAACGCCCCCAGUCUCCAGCGUCGUAGUCUGGCCCCGCAGCGCAGCUCUCCAGUGGCCUUAAGGAGAGAAACAACAAAGGACAAUGAUUCACAACCAAAGUCCUCCCCAAAGAGAUUUGCAGUGGUUUCACCCAAACCUCAGUCUCCUGUACGUGGACGAACAGCACAUGUCCACGGGCCUGUUCAGGUGGACAAGCCUCAGGACCUGGACAAGGCUGUGAUCCAGCAGCUGCGUGACCGCUGUGAGCAGCAGGCGCUGCAGAUCCAGAGCCUUCAGGUCCACAUGAAGGAGGCCUCGUUGUGUCUGGACGUUUUCAGCAUCACCACGCAACACUUUUGGAAAAAGAAUGAAAAUGCUGUUGUAAAGGAAAGGGAACUGUCCCUGGAGCUCGCCAAAAUCAGGGAUGAAGUGGCUUUCAGUACUGCACACUGGAAGCAGCUGCAGCGGGAGAAGGAGGAACUGGAGCGGUACUUUGAGCUGGAGUUGCAGGGACUGCGAGCUCGGCAGCAGAGGGAGCUGGGAGCGCUGGAGGAGCGGCUGAAGGAGCAGCACAUGGUUGAGAUGGAGAGUCUGCAGGACCAACAGCAGGCAGAGAUGGAGGAGCUACAAAUCCAGCAGCAGGAGCAGAUUGACGAGAUAAAUGAGAACCACGAGGCGUCGCUGAUGGAGUUGGAGUCUGUUCACAGUGACACUCUGUCCACUCUGCAGGAGGAGCAUGCCAGGACUGUGAAGAAUCUGAAGAUGGCCCAUGAGCAACAGAGGAGGUCUCUGGAAGUAGACUUUGAAAAGAUCAGGCUGUCACUGCAGGAUCAGGUAGACACACUGACGUUCCAGAACCGUAGCCUACGAGACAGAGCCAAGCGUUUCGAGGAGGCUCUACGCAAGAGCACCGACGAGCAGAUAGUGGAUGCACUGGCACCUUAUAAACACAUUGAGGAGGAUCUGAAGAGUCUGAAGGAAGUUCUGGAAAUGAAGAACCAACAAAUUCAUCAGCAGGAGCUGAAGAUUUCCGAGCUGGAAAAAAUAGCUGAAAAGAACGUCCACUUGGAGGAGAGACUGCAGGUUCUACAGCAGCAGAACGAGGACCUGAAGGAGCGAAUAGACAAGAACAUGGCCGUGUCCAGACAACUCACUGAAGAAAAUGCCAACCUUCAAGUACAUGUGGAGAUGGAGAGCAAGGAGAAGAAGCGUCUGAGUCGCACCAACGAAGAGCUGAUGUGGCGUCUUCAGACGGGCGAGUUGAGUCCUCACAUGUCCCCGACCUCCUCCCCACUCCACCGUCCCGCUUCUGGACCAGGCUCCCCUUCUCGCCCACACUCCUACCAUCAAUAACACUGCUCUCUAAAAACCUGCUCUGGUAUCGAUUUACUAUUUUUACUCUGACACUGGAGCUAUUGCUUUGUCAUUUUUAAAAAUGUAGGCCUUUACACAAUGCAAACAUAGAUUGGAUGUUAUAUGGAACACAGCGUCAGUGAAGACAGAUCCCAGGAAUGAUUUAACUGUAUUAUUAACUGCACCUCAAGACUUUUUGCUGUCCUCUACUUCUAGUUCUCAAAAGAAAAAGAAAACUGUAGCAAAGAAAGACCUGAUCCUUGUUGGCAAGCGGGAACAAAGUGUAAUUUCCAUACCUUUCGCCAACAUCUUCUCAGUGUUUUCGUUCGGCGCUCAGGAUGAUGGACCUACAAGACAGCAUCCAAGAAAGUUUGACUGAGAACACAGGAAGCUCCUUUGUUGUCCAGUCUCUGCCACCAGCAACAGUGUAGGUCGUCUACGGUACAUUUUUUUUCUUAAAGUGUGGAUUAGUGUGUCGGGCUUUUUAACAGUUUCCUGUUUCAGGAGUUGACGGUCGGCUGCCUUCUUAUCUUUAACUCCAUGUUAACGUUUCAUCUGACUGACAUCCAGUGCUGUCUCUGUCGCAUGUUCUGUCUUCCAGUUUUAAUAAUCAUUUUAUUUGUACGAUGACUGAUGAGCUGAGGCUUCAGAGUUCUGGAGACUUCAACCUAGCUUUGUCCAUUUGCUCAUCAGUGUAUGUCCAGAACAAACCAGAACAGGUUAAAGAGUGGCUCGAAUGUGCUCCACACUCCACACUACAGGCAUUGUUGUCCUGAAGUAUAGGGUUCUGAGUCCAGGUCACCAAAGGAAAGUCUGAGUGGACCUGAGGUUUGGUCUAAUUAUU